AUGGCCUCGACCAAACAGGUCCCAAUCCCGGGCCCUAAGGGCGUCCCAUUCCUGGGAAACAUCUACGACAUCGAGCCUGAGGUUCCAGUGAACAGCUUUGAGCGGAUGGCCGAUAGCUAUGGCCCAAUCUUUAGGUUGACCACCUUUGGCAGACCACGAGUAUUCAUCAGCUCCCACGAGUUAGUAGACGAAGUCUGCGAUGAGGAGCGCUUCGGCAAAAUGGUCUCCGCUGGCCUGGCUGAGAUCCGCAAUGGUGUUCACGACGGUCUCUUCACCGCGAAUUAUCCCGGCGAAGAGAACUGGGCUAUUGCGCAUCGCGUUCUUGUUCCUGCUUUCGGUCCGCUGAUGAUCCGCGGCAUGUUUGAUGAAAUGUAUGAUAUUGCUACUCAGCUAGUUAUGAAAUGGGCUCGGGUUGGCCCUGCAGUUCCUAUCCAGGUUACGGAUGACUUCACUCGUUUGACGCUGGAUACUAUUGCUCUUUGCGCUAUGGGCACUCGCUUCAACUCGUUCUAUCACGACGAGAUGCACCCGUUCGUCGAGGCAAUGGUUGGCUUGCUAGCUGGGUCUGGAAGUCGGGCUAUGAAGCCUGCUUUGUUUAACAGCCUGCCCACUGCGGAAAACAACAAGUACUGGAGUGAUAUUGAGUAUCUGCGGAAUCUAGCCCGGGAAUUAGUCGAUUCGCGAAAGGAGAACCCCGUUGAGAAGAAGGAUCUUCUCAAUGCGCUUAUCCUUGGUCGCGACCCGCAGACUGGCCAGGGUAUGACAGAUGACUCAAUUGUAGACAACAUGAUCACAUUCCUCAUCGCUGGACACGAGACCACAUCCGGCAUGUUGUCAUUCCUGUUUUACUAUCUUCUGAAGAGUCCGAGCGCAUACAAGAAGGCUCAAGAGGAAGUCGACCGUGUGAUUGGUAAACGCAAGAUUACCGUUGAUGAUAUGUCCAAGCUGCCAUACAUCACUGCUGUAAUGCGCGAGACGCUGCGUCUGAAGCCAACAGCUCCAAUGAUUGCUCUGCACCCCCACCCCACCAAGAACCACGAGGAUCCUGUCACACUUGGAGGUGGAAAAUAUGUUCUUCACAAGGACGAGACCAUUGCGCUCAUGCUCACCAAAAUGCACCGUGACCCGAAGGUCUACGGCCCCGACGCCGAUGAGUUCAAGCCAGAGCGGAUGCUCGAUGAACAUUUCGAGAAGCUGCCCAAGAACGCAUGGAAGCCAUUUGGAAAUGGUAUGCGAGGUUGUAUUGGACGGCCUUUCGCAUGGCAGGAGGCCCUCCUUGUUGUUGCAAUUUUGUUGCAGAACUUCAACUUCCAGAUGGACAACCCCAGCUACGAUCUCCGCAUUAAACAGACACUUACCAUCAAGCCCAAGGACUUCCACAUGAGGGCUACCCUGAGAGAUGGGCUCGACCCUACGCAACUCAACACUACGCUCAGUGGCUCUGCUGUUGCGCCCACAGAGACUGGCGCUGGUAGCCGGGACCGAAAGCCCAAGGUCGUACCCGCGGAUGGCAAGCUGAAGCCAAUGCAUAUAUUCUAUGGCAGCAAUACGGGAACUUGUGAGGCAUUCGCCCGCAGGCUGGCUGAUGAUGCCACCGCAUAUGGAUACGCUGCGCAGACAAGUUCUUUGGAUUCGGCCAUGCAGAAUAUUCCUAAAAAUGACCCUGUGGUCUUCAUCUCAGCUUCUUACGAAGGACAGCCUCCGGAUAAUGCGGCUCACUUCUUUGAGUGGCUCAGUGGACUGAAGGGAAACGACUUGGAAGGUGUCAACUAUGCAGUGUUCGGCUGUGGCCAUCAUGAUUGGUCGACCACCUUCUACCGUAUCCCGAAGGCCAUCGACCAGCUGGCCAAGGAAAAUGGGGCUAACAAGCUCUGCGACAUUGGCCUUGCCGAUGCAGCAAACUCAGACAUGUUCACCGAUUUCGAUGGAUGGGGUGAGACCUCAUUCUGGCCGGGUGUGAUGGCGAAAUUCGGUGGAGCUAGCCCCGAAAAUGCUACCAAGUCGAAGUCUUCAUUGCAGGUCGAAGUGAGCUCGGGUAUGCGCGCAUCUACCCUGGGUCUCCAGCUUGAAGAGGGUUUCGUCAUUGAGAACCAGCUCCUUACGCCACCCGGAGCCCCAGCGAAACGAGUGGUCAAGUUCAAGCUGCCGUCAGACAUGACCUACCAGUGCGGUGAUUAUCUCGCAGUGCUACCCGUGAACCCAAGCUCAGUGGUUCGUCGCGCAAUCCGCCGCUUCGACCUCCCCUGGGAUGCCGUUAUCAAAGUCCAGAAGCCCGCAGGCUCAACAGCUUCUCCGUCGAUCCCCAUCGAUACGCCUAUCUCAGCCUUCGAGCUCCUAUCCACCUAUAUCGAACUAUCCCAACCCGCCUCAAAGCGCGAUAUCAACGUCCUAGCCGACGCUGCCAUCUCCGAUGCGGAACUCCAAGCUGAACUACGCUACCUCGCCUCCAGCCCCAGCCGCUUCACCGAAGAAAUCGUCAAGAAGCGCGUCAGCCCACUGGAUCUCCUAACCCGCUAUCCUCAAAUCAAGCUCCCCAUCGGUGAUUUCCUCGCAAUGCUCCCACCGAUGCGCGUGCGACAAUACUCCAUCUCCUCGUCGCCACUAGUCGACCCAUCCGAAUGCUCGAUCACAUUCACCGUCCUCAGCGCUCCGGCACUCGCCAAUACCACUCCCGAAGGCAGCGAAAGCAUCGAGCAAUACCUGGGCGUCGCAUCAAACUACCUCUCCGAGCUCCAAGCCGGCGAACGCGCACACAUUAGCGUCCGCCCCUCGCACUCAGGCUUCAAGCCACCAGUGGACCUUGAAACACCAAUGAUCAUGGCCUGCGCAGGUAGCGGUCUCGCACCGUUCCGCGGAUUCGUCAUGGAGCGCGCGGAGAAGAUCCGCGGCCGCCGCAGUUCACCUGAAUCAGAUGAGCUGCAUGAUAACGAGGCUGUCAAGCCCGCAAAGGCUGUGCUGUAUAUUGGUUGCCGUACGCAGGGGCAGGAUGAUAUCCACGCUGACGAACUUGCGGAGUGGGCUAAGCUGGGUGCUGUCGAUGUUCGCUGGGCGUAUAGUCGGCCCGCUGACGGAAGCAAGGGACAGCAUGUUCAGGAUCUCAUGCUUGAGGACCGUGCUGAGCUGGUGAAGCUAUUUGAUGAUGGUGCGAAGAUCUAUGUUUGCGGUAGUACUGGUGUCGGUGCUGGUAUUCGCGAUGCCUGCAAGCAGAUGUAUAUCGAGAAGCGCCGUGCGAGACACGCCGAGCUUAAGGAGAAGGGGGAGACUCCGCCUGGUGCUGAGCUUGAUGACGAUCAGGCUGCAGAGCAGUUCUUCGAUAAUUUGCGGACAAAGGAGCGUCAUCGUCCCAAUCUUUUGAUGUAUGAUGAACUAUAUAAAACACUCCAUGCGAAUCCCGAAUUAGGAUGCGAGGAAGUAACGACUGCAGAGACGAUUGCAAAUCACCUUCGCAGCCUUAACGGGUACAAUGUGAAAACGUCCAUCGGCGGACAUGGUGUGGUGGGAAUCUUUCAGAACGGACCAGGCAAAACCGUCUUGAUCCGGGCUGAUAUGGACGCCCUACCCAUCGCAGAGACGACAGGCCUCCCUUACGCCAGUACAAAACGCGCAGUUGAUGUCUACGAUGGGAUCGAAAAGCCCGUGAUGCACGCCUGUGGACAUGAUAUGCAUUGUACAGCCCUGCUUGCUGCUAGUGAGUUAUUUCAGUCCUGCCAACACAUGUGGAGCGGAACAGUCGUCGUGCUCUUUCAGCCUGACGAGGAGCACGUGCAAGGAGCAAAGGCAAUGGUCCUCGAUGGUCUCUAUGACCCCAAUCGACACGGUGUGCCUAUCCCGGAUGUUGUCCUGGGUGCUCACAUUAUGCCUCAACGCGCGGGUAUUGUGGAAACAGCCCCUGGCCCAUUCAACAGUGCAGUGGAUAGUCUGAAGGUUAUUGUGCAUGGGCGUGGGGGCCAUGGAAGUCGGCCACAUGAGACGGUGGAUCCGGUCGUCGUAGUCAGCUCGAUCGUGAUGAAACUGCAGACUAUCGUCAGCCGGGAAUUGGACCCUAGAGAUACGGCUGUUGUCACUGUGGGUGCUGUGCAGGCCGGCAGCAAAGAGAAUAUCAUCAAUGACCAAGGAUUAUUGAAAAUUAAUGUGCGUACGUUUUCGAAAAACGUCCGAGAGCAUAUCCUCAAGGCUAUAGAGAGGAUGGUGGCAGCGGAAUGUCACGCGUUCCGCUGUCCUAGUCCACCAACUAUUGAAAGCAUCCUCUCGUGUCCCAUGUUAUACAACGAUGAGACCGUUACCAGCACGGUUUCGAAAAGAAUGGCUCUAUAUUUCGGUUCUGAAUUCCAGAAAAGUCCUUUCCCUUCCUUGGGAAGUGAGGACUUUGGUUAUCUUGCCGAUGCGGUCAAUGCUCCUAGUUGCUUUUGGAACUUUGGAGGUAUCGAUACCCAAAUCUGGGAUGAUAUGAAAAAGAAGGGAAUCACGAGCCAAAUUCCCGGCACUCACAGUUCUGGCUUUAGUCCUGCACUUCAUCCUACUAUGGAAACUGCCGUUGAUGCAUAUGCAGUGGCAGCGUUGGCCUUCCUGGGAUUAUAA